AUGUGCUACGUGGCGACGCCCGACGAGGUCAUCUAUCAGCACCAGCCGCUCAACAGCCUUGCCUCGCCGCCCCGCCAAGCUGCGCCGGACCCCCAGCUGUGCGGCGGCGGCAUCCAGCAGGGGAGCCAGCCAGGAGCAGCACAGUCGGCAGCACGGGGUAGCUCCCUCGUGGCGCCGCAGCAGAGCGUCGCGCAGGGGCCCUACUGCGGCGUCGGAGUCGGCGCAGCUGCCGCCACAGCCGCCGCCGCAGUGCCCUACUACGGUCCGCCCCCCGCUUGGCCGCCGCCGCAGAGCGGGCCGCCGCCGGUGCCUGCGCCAGAGGAGCCCGCGGGCGCCGCGGGUGCAGGCGAGCCCGGGCCCAGGCGCCUCCCGCCCGCUGGCACCCCUCCGCGCUUCCCGCCCGCCGACGCCCCUCCCUGCCCCAGCCGAGAGGCCUGGACGGCCCCUGGGCUGGGGCAGGGCUGGGCGGAGUCUGACGCCCCUGGGCCGGAGCUGCCGCCCGCGGGCGCCGCCGCCGCCGCCGCCAGCGCAGCGCCGGGGGGCGCGCAGCGGCCCCUGGCCGCCAGCGAGGGCGGCGCGGCCGGCCCCCCCGGCCCCAGACGAGAGGCCCAGGCCCCCAUCUUGCGCCCAGCCCCUGGGCUGCGGCGGGGCUGGGCGGAGUCCUCGCCCGAGCGGCCGCCCGCGGGCGCUGCCGCCGCUGGCGCGGCCGGGGCGCUCUGGUGGACCGUGCACGCCAAGACGCUGAGUAGCACGGACAAGGACGUCGUGUCGCAGCCCUUCGAGCUGGACGUGGCGGGCCCGGUCCACUUCAAGCUGGGCCUGUUCCCGAGGAGUACUUGCGACGCCAGGCUCAAUGCCUCGUUCAGGCGCGCCAAGGGCAGGGGUCGCGUGACGCUGAUGUGCACCGACCCAGUGAGGGCCCGGACGAGGGUGCAGUUCCGCAUAGCUGUCGGCAGCGCCUCCUCGGAGAGCCAGGAGCCCAGGGGCCCCGUGACCCACGACUUCUUCGAGAACAGGGUCGCCGGCCUGCCGACGGGCAGCGACGAGUGGGACUUCAAGAAGAUAGCGGACGCAUCCACGGAGACCUUCACCGUGCUCCUGGAGGUGGCGAAAUGGGCGGUGGCCCUGGCGGAGGCGGCCCUGUCAGAGGCGGCCCUGCCCAUGCCAGGGGCACCCGUGCAGUCGACGAGGCCCACGGCAGGUGCACUCCAAUUUGCGGCGGCCCAGGACGGCGCUGCGGGCCACGCCCCCGCCGACGCGGUCAUCAGCACGUGCCGCAUCUGCCUGGAGGAGGGCCGCGUGGACGCGGACCUCAUCGCGCCCUGCGUGUGCCGUGGCUCGGCCAAGCACGUGCACCUGGCCUGUCUGGAGGCCGCCUUCUCUGCCCGCGGGGCGCUGCUCGACCUGACCUGA